AUCAUCUCGUCACACCGGGGGGGUUUCCAUGGUAACGCGCCGUGAGGAGGCUGCGGUACCCGAGGAAGAGCGCACGCGCGCGUGUGGCUCGGGUCAUGUGGUCUCUCAAGAUGGCGACUUCAGUGCUGGGAUGUAAAGAGUGAAUCAGAGCUGCAGCAAACACACACACACACACACACACACACACACUCGGCGCUCAGAACAGCGACCGGUCCGGGUCUGCGCUCAGCGUUGCGCACACGCGUUCAGUGUUCAGCUGUUGCUGUCGGACUCGGUGGAGAUGAAAGUUUAGCUCGGCAGCAGCUUGCAACAUCGCUCAUGCAGGAUUCCCACAUUGGAUAAUUCACCAUAACCCUUCCUUCCUUCUCCUCCAGAAUAUAAGGUUAUUUGUCAUAAAACCGGUCUGUUUUUUUAAUGGAAUAACUGGAUGAUAAGGUGUCUGUAGCCCAAAGCUUUGUCCAUCCGGAUCACGUUCUGCAAUGGCCAUCCAUGUGUUCGAUAAUGAUGAGUACAGACCGCCUGUGUGGAAAUCCUACUUGUACCAGCUCCAGCAGGAGGCGCCACAUCCGCGCAGAGUCACCUGCAUAUCUGAGGUGGAGAAUCGGCCGAAGUACUAUGGACGAGAGUAUCACGGGAUGAUCUCCAGAGAGGAAGCCGACCAACUGCUCAGUGUGGCUGAGGGAAGUUAUCUGAUCCGAGAGAGCCAGAGACAGCCGGGCACGUACACGCUAGCUCUACGGUACAUGAACCUUCGCCUUUGA